AUGGGGCCGGUUCCCGCGCCGGGGCCGCCUCGUGGCGAGACCGCCACGCGUGCCGAGGCCCAGCUCGUGGCGAGGUACAGUAGCGCGAGGGCGGCGUGCGUGCGCGACUGCAACGAAGCCCGUGAGGUGGGCGGCCUCGAGGACCAGGCAGGUGACGUGCGGGAGCCUGCGCAACUCUGCCACCUCACUGCACAAAAUUGUUGGGCGAACCCAAGGAGGUCUGCCCUGAAACCCUACCUUGCCCAACCCCACCAAAUUGUGGGUAAGUACAUACACAAGGUCAAGGUCUCCCACAAGGUUUCCAUCAUGGAAGUCACUUCCGCACCGCUCGGGGUCCGCACCCGCGCGGGCUCGCUCGCGCUACAACGCCUGAAGAAGCAGCAGACGCAGUGGAAGGACAAAGAGGGUGCUGAUGGUGAUUAUCUGGAGCUGAGAAGCCGGAGGAUCAAGAAGCUACAGCUGUUGGUGCCAAUACAGAAGAGGCGCCGAGGGAGGAAGGCGGCAGCCAUGACUACAGCCGCUCAAGACGAGGUGGAGGGGUCAUUCGGCGAGAACAUUCUCGAGUUGGAAGGCAUGGAUAGGAACACUAGGGAGACGACGCCUUGCAGCUUGAUUAUCUUGAAGAGGACAAGCACCCCUGGAUCCACAACAAGACCCAACCACUCUUCCCAUAGCACGGUGCAAGUUCCGGUGUCCACCAUGUCAAUCUCAAGGGCGUUGAAGGAUUUGUUUGGUGCAACAGAGCAACAACAACAACAGGCUUUCAUUGACAAGUACAACUUUGAUCCUGUAAAUGACUGCCCUGUCCCAGGCAGAUAUGAAUGGGUGAAGCUAGACUAAAAGAUUUUCAAGACAAGAGAGCAACAACAUGGACCUCUCCUCUGCUCCCUCCAACUCCAGAGUGUCGUGGUUAAGGCGCAUACCGUCACAUUAGCUUUGUAUUUGUUGUUAAAACUUGGGGUUAGCCUGUAGCCUUAUAGAGCUGAUUCUGAGUUACAAUACCCUGAUCUGAUUUGAUCCCUCAACUCUAAUGUAACCCUUAACAGCUCAUUCUGUAAGGAACCUAUCACCCUGCUAUCAGUUGCUACAUUAAUGAAUUAAAGCUAGAUAAUUAUGUUUUCU